GUGGGUCAAAGGCGCAGCCUGAGCCCGCCAUGGAGCAGCCCAGGAAGGCGGUGGUGGUGACGGGGUUCGGCCCUUUUGGGGAACACACUGUCAAUGCCAGCUGGAUUGCAGUCCAGGAGCUGGAGAAGCUGGGGCUCGGUGACAGCGUGGACCUGCAUGUGUAUGAGAUUCCAGUGGAGUACAAGACAGUCCAGAGGCUCAUCCCCGCUCUGUGGGAGAAGCACAGUCCACAGCUGGUGGUGCAUGUGGGGGUGUCAGGCAUGGCGACCACAGUCACGCUGGAGAAGUGCGGGCACAACAAGGGCUACAAGGGGCUGGACAACUGCCGAUUCUGCCCUGGCUCCCAGUGCUGUGUGGAGGAUGGGCCUGAAAGCAUUGACUCCAUCAUUGACAUGGACGCUGUAUGUAAGAGGGUUACUACACUGGGCCUGGAUGUGUCAGUGACCAUCUCACAAGAUGCCGGCAGGUACCUCUGCGACUUCGCCUACUAUACCUCUCUGUACCAGAGUCACGGCCGCUCAGCCUUUGUUCACGUGCCCCCUCUGGGCAAGCCGUACAAUGCAGACCAGCUGGGCCGGGCACUUCAGGCCAUCAUCGAGGAGAUGCUGGACGUCCUAGAGCAGUCAGAAGGCAAACUCAACUGUUGCCACAAACACUGAUUGCUGCUCAGGCCUCCCAAGACCUCAUUCUGC